GUGCUCUUGGCUCUUCCAGGUGCACUGCAGGAUUUUUUGUUUCUCUCUCCCAUUUCUGAUUACUCCGGUUUGCGAGCAAACUCUUGGAAACAGUCCUUUGAAGCUGAAGUGGCUUGAUUGGCAACGAUGAGGGAUGUUAAAUGUUUGGCUUUGGAAGCGGGUCCUCACUUCCUGCAAGUUCUUCAGGCUUUCAGAGAAACCAGUCAGGCUGGCUUUGUCUGAGCAGGUGGCAACCUUAAUUGAGAAAGCUUGUCCAGUAUUUGGAUGCAGGUUUACAGAAGAAGGAAGGGAAUAAAAAAUGGCUGAGGGGGGUGGUUUUUCUGAAUCAAGCUACGUGGAAGAGAGUUGAGCUACUGUUUGCUAGAAAUCUUUUGAAGAGGCUUACAUGAGGACAUCAUCCUGUCUUAUAGUAGUUGUGAGGGAACCAAGUGACAUCUUCUUCCUGGUACUCUGGAGAAGGAAGAACUGGAUCUAUGAAACAAGAAACAGAUAAACCAUCAUGAAAUUGGCACCUUCUUCCUUCAUGGACUUUUCUGCUCUUCUACCCCAAGAGCCUAGGGACAUCACCAGUUGCAGACAACAAGUUAUGCUAAGCUCUUCUUGUUAGCUGGGGUCAUGAGGAUCUCAGUAGAAGCAAUAGCUUUCUGUCCUAAUGUGGGGAAAAAUUAUUUGCUUUAAGGACGAGAGAGCCACGAUCUGAAAGAAGAGACAGGCCAUGCUUUCUGGGAUGGCAAUGGCAAAUUGGUCUUUCUCUUCUUCUGUUCUCAUUGUGGAUGCCAUUUUCUGCUUCAAUUGUACCAGCACAGAAGGUUAUAACUGCAGCACAGCUCAGCAGAAAUGUCCACUUACGGUCAACAGCUGUAUCACCAUUGCCCGGGAUGAGGACACAGGGACACAAGACAUAGAAAACCCAGUUUACGAGAAGAAGUGCAACUCUGACGACCGACUGUGCAACCAAUUUUAUGGGUUGAUGGCAGGGGAUUUUCGCAUGCGGUGGAAUUCCAGCUGCUGCCGUGCCGACCGCUGCAACAUUGAGGAAAUAAUGGUUCAAAAAGCAUCUCAGAAUCGGAAUGGAGUCCAUUGCAAUUCAUGCUUUGCCCAUGGCACAGAUUUGUGUCCCAACAAGACUGAGGUGGCCUGCACAGGUCUCAUGACACACUGCAUCCACUUUGCCACCCGUGCCAAGAAAGAAGAAUUCAAGGACCAACAGGUUGCCUUCACAGGAUGUGCUACCAAGAAUUUCUGCGACAUGGGAGCGGUGGCAUUGUUUGUUGCUGGCCGCAACGUUGAAGUCACAACCAACAUGUGCAGUUUUGCAUCAGGAAUUGUUUCUUGGUACAACUUGGUCCAGUCCUUUCUAGUGGGGCUGUUCCUUCUUAAUAUUUGCUUCUGAGUUUCUGCCUGCCUGGUCAUCUUCUGUGAUCCUCCCUACUUCUUCUACGCUGUUGGUCUGCUUUCAGCUUCCCUCUCAGACACUUUGCUGUACCUUUGAUUUUCCAAAGAACUGAGAAAGGCUGGCAAACUCUGGUACUAGUUUUCCAGUGGCUAAACACUCAACCUGAAACCUGAAGGAAGGAGUUUGGCAUGGGAUUGAUUUAUGCACCCAGUUCCUAGUUUCUUUGGUCCUGAUCAGUGGGGAAGAUGUGGACCCUGCCCUGUGAAGGGUCCACAAACUCAUUUCUUUCAGAAGAGCCAGAUUGGCAAAGUGUGAGUAGAGGACAUCAGGGUGAUUUUACUGGGUUUGAACAUGGUUGUCAACUUUCACUGUAUGUAAGUGUGAAAUAUAAAGGGAGGAGCACUUUGAGUGUUUUGAUACCUGCACCCUGGCCCCACUCAACAUUUUGCACUGCAGCCCUCAGCCAGCCACUCAAGAAAUUUUACCUUCCCCUUUAAUUGAUGAAGAAUUGGAAUUGGGCGAGGUUCAACUUUUUUACUUAACUGUGAAAAACAGAAGCUGUAUUUACUCACAACAUGGUCGUUCCAUUUUCUUUAUUUGCACAACUGCAAUAUUGUCUAACUAAAUGGAAUCAUGCAAUAUGGUAGGCCACUAAAUCACAAUUAUCCAAUGUUGAAACUAUUCAAACCUAGUUGUUACUGCAGGUGACAUGGUUAAAUCUACAUGAAGACAUCCAGUGGAUCUCCUCCUCCUCCUCCUCCUCCUCCUCCUCCUCCUCCUCCUCCUCCUCCUCCUCCUCCUCCUCCUCCUCUUUUCUUUUUCCAUUUUUCCUCCCUUGUGAUUCAUCAUAUUUUGCUUAUAGACCAGAUAUCUAGUGUGUCUCACUAGAUCAGUGUUUCUCAACCUCUGCAACUUUAAGAGAGUCUCUUAAUACAACUUUAAGUGUUGUUAAAAAGCAACUUCAAAUGUUUUUCAACCUCAGCAUUACAGCUGGGGGGUUCUGGGACUUGAAGUCCACAUUUUGUAAAGUUGUGGAGGUGGAGAAAUCUUGCACUAGAUGGUAGCCCCUGUCUAUUUUUGGGUGAUGUUGGAACAGGGCUAGCUGUGGGAAACUAUUGGGGAAUUCCAGAGAUGAUGUCUACACUAGAACCUAACCAUAUUUAAAUACUAAUUACCAGUGCUUUUUUGUAAAAACAAAAGAUGCCUAUGGUACAAGGUUCCAUCCAAAAAAGGUGCUGGAACUCUGUUCUGGGCGUUCUAUGACAAACAAAGUCCUGCUAAUUACACAUAUGGGAAUGCUGAUUUAAGUUUGUAACUGACCUGAUUAAGCUUGUUGUGUGAAUGCAACCAUUGGACAUUUCAAA